AUGUUGGGAAUGAUGAAUUCACCUAGUGAUGGAGUAGAGUUCUACUCCACCAACACCAACAAGAAUGCUCCACAGCUCAAUGAAGAAGAUCGAAAAACAUUCACAGAAGUAAAAGAAAGAGAUGUUGUCACGUAUACGGAAGAUGGUCGUCGUCUUAUAAAUGGAAAAACGGAAACAAUUGAUCCAAAGUUUUUAUGGGGAUCGACGUUACUACGUGGACAUGUAAAAGUUAUUCUGGAUAAGGAAGAACUAGAGAAAGCCGAAGAAGAGAAGUUGGAAGCUUCAAAACAUAAAUCAGAUGUUGUACAAGUUGUGGAUCCACCAGUACUAGCACAGACACAGACAUCACAUACAUCAGAAGAUACACCUUCAUCAUCAGCUCAUGCACAAUGA